AUGGCCCCCCUUCCCGAGUUGGAGAGUCUACAUAUUGUGUCCAGAAACUCUCGUGGACACGCCCCAAAAGAGAAACCACAUCCUCAGAACGUUCUACCCACUGUGAGGGAACUCCUCGAGGAGAAACGCAGAAGUGCAGCUAACACGAGCACUGAGGAGGGUGCCGCUGCUUUCCAAUCCGCGGUUCCGUCAUGGCAUGUGGGCGUCUCACAGCCCACCGUACCCACAGACUCCUGUCGCUAUGGAUCUCCUGUUGAGUUCUCUCCCACUGACACUGUCUAUCCAUUCAGCACGACAGCGCUGUACCCUGCGUGCGAGUACUCGUGUCACAGUGCCAGCCUGUACCCUGACCAUGCUGCCGAUAUCAUGUCUGCAGCCGAUACCCAUCCAAAUGUCCCAUCCAUCCCAUACUACCCCCCCAACUCACCCCCACAGCCCUUGGCAACACCACAGCCCAUGGCAACGCCACAGCCAAUCGCAGCCUCAAUGUUGGAACAAGCUCGAAGAACCAUCCAGAACAUGGAGGUAACCAACCUCUUGCAUCGAGAUGAUGACGGAGACACGGUUCUGCACAUUUACGCCGCGAAGGGCAUGCGGGAGUUUGUCCUGGCAGCAGCCGAGCACCUUCGCCAGCUCCACAGCCUGGAGCUCAGAGAGCAUAAAGGCAAGACACCCCUCCUGGUCGCUGUAACAGCCAAUCAGGCGGAAGUUGUGUCCGAUCUCAUUGAACUGGGAGCAGAUGUCAACGCCACCGAUUUUAAAGGUCAAAGUGCGCUUCACCUGGCUCCAGACCCCGUCCCCUGUCCCUGUCCCCCGUCGCCGUCCCGUCCCCUGUCCCCCAUCCCCCAACGCGUCCCAGACCCGUCGCCAUCCCCUGGCCUGUCCCCCGUCCCCGUCGCUCAUCGCCGUCCCCCAUCCUCAUCCCCGUUCCCAUCUGAUGACGGGGCGAUCCUGCAGACUGCAGUCCCACUCAAUGUUGAAGCUCGGAAUUUUGAAGGUCUCACGGCGAUGCACUGUGCUGUGAAAUCUCACAACCAGACCAUGAGGAAGAUGGCAGAGGCUCAAGACCAGAUGCAGUGUGUGAGCCCACAGCUACAGGGGGCCGCCCAGGACAGACUGCAGUGUAUCAUCCUCCUGCUGAACAUGGGAGCCUCGAUCUUCACCCAGGACAUUAAGAACAGUGUGUCUGUCCUCCACCUCAGUGUCCAGGACGGGAACCUGGCCCUUGUUGAAUUCUUCACCAACAUCCGCACUCCACGGCUUCCCGAGUUUCUCAACAUGAAGGCCCACGGGAACACUGCGUUACACAUGGCAGCCGGCCUACACGGAGACAGGAACCAGUUGGAGAUUAUCCAGUUACUGCUGGCACGAGGGGCCGACCCCAGUAUCAGGAACCUGGAGAAUGAACAGGCCAUUCACCUCCUUCAGCCUAGCCCCAUCCGGGAACAGAUUAAGCAGAUGCUGAAGAGGGGGCGGCCCACGCCCAGAUUCGGAUCCUCAUAGGAACAGAUUACAAGCUCG